AUGACAGAGUCUUUAGAUAACGAACCGGCCUCCAACAUCGACCCUGUUCCCUGGAUCGUCCAGCCCCCAAGCAAGACCGCAAUUUGUCACGUCGACUACCCUUUGGGAGAUACAGCGGAGCUCUAUAUCAUCCCGAUCACUAUCAGCAGACAGAACACGACAAGCAAACAGAUAUCUCCUAUCAUAAGCCAGAAAUUGCGGCGCAAGGCCAUUACUGAGUACCUCGCCAAGUAUGACCUCCACAAUCGCUGCGCACUUCAACUUUGGGCCCGAAACAGCGUCGACACACAAGGAAACGCCGAUGGGGUAGUCUGGCCUAUCGACGAGCUCGUUUUCUUCGAAUCCGAUCAACGUAGCGUGGAGCGUCUUCAAGACGAGCCGAAGCACGCCCUGAAAAAUACGUUCGCGACAGUCAAGGUAUCCGCUGGUACAGCGGUACAAGACGCUAUCUAUUGCGAACUGGACUUUUCUAAUGCAGAGACACUAUCAUCAAAAGGCACCGACUGCACAGGAUACUGGAAAAAGGUAGAGCUUCUUGUGCGCAAGUUUGGCCCCACCAUUUCCUCCAAGGACGACAGCCGUGCAACGGGAUUCAAGAUGGAUGUGGGCAACACUCAGCUCUUCCAGAACGUCCGGACGAUGCUGAUAGGUCUUGCCGUCGUCCGCAAAUACGAACCGGGGUCUCAACCAGGCUCCAGCUCAUUGGGUCAAGCGACUGGUAUGUCACACGACAGCGGAUCCAUGGAGUACAGUCCCUCAAGCAAAGGCAAGCGUGCUGCUUUGUCGCCCAUGUCUACUUCUCAAACAAACUCACGUGCAACAACAAGAGUCGGCUUGGGAGGCAGUAGCAAUGCAGAAAGCCCCACUCCGAGCUUCCCAGAGUCCGUCAUUGUCGAUUUGCAGCCGGCGUCUCGAGUUCCGGCCUUCUGGAAGGAUGGCGAGAGAUGGACGGUUACUCAGUAUCUCUUCAAGACAUACCCCCAACUGAAGGAAACUAAGCUCCCCGGAUCGCCGCUCGCCAAUAUCGGGAAAGACACCUGGGUACCACUCGAAUUCCUCAAGACGGCCGGGGAGGCAGCUUCAGUACAGCAGGUUCCAGCUGUAGGCCACCUGAUAGCUUCGCUAAAAGGACAUCGAGCGAAAUAUGACCUAGCUGAAAAUGAGGGGCGCUUGGUCGAAUUCCUCAACAGUCAAAUGGAGGACAUGCGCAAGCGCCACGAGGGUAUGAAGCUGCUUGUAGACGGAAACAUUGGAGAUAUGGCGACGCUCAAGCUCCCCUCGAACGACACGAAACGCGUCGACCGCAACUCUGUGAAAGGACCUAAGACUGGCGCCACGAUCAAAUGCGGUAUCAUCUAUGUUCGACCUAACGGAAUGCGCUCCACAGGCUUCGAAAGCUUCGCGAAGUCGCUUGUCACCCGACUGGAUGCUCAUGCGGCACUCAACCAGGAGCAGCAGAUUCUCGCGAUAGAUUCGUCGCACACGAGUCCUAUCGCUUCAAUACCCGACAUCAAGUCGCUUCUUUUGCUGCCUGAAGACACUACCGAGGAAAUCAAAGCGUUUUACGACAGCAAAGUUGACACGAUCAUCGCCGUGGUAGACGAGCGGGGUCGGAGCAAGCAGGAGAUCCACUACGUCCGGGCAGAGCUGCAAAAGUUCGGCAACAGGAAGCUUGGCGCAGUCGUGCUUUGUGUUAGUAGAAAGCACCUGGAGCUUCGGAACGACAAGACAUCUGGAAUCCUUAGUCGUCUUCCUCUCGGCAUUCUUCAGCAGCUGAAUGCUUUGCAUGGCAACCCUAAUUUCGUCGCCCCAAAUCUGCCCAGUUUGGACCUGCCCGACAAGAAAUUCAUGAUCGUAGGAGCUCAUCUAUCACACGCUGGAUCCGAUGCGGCCGCUACUUGCCCCUCGGUCGCCGCUCUUGUUGGUAGUGUUGACGAAGCACUGAUGCACUACACGGGUAGUGCGCGACUACAGGCUACGUUGGAGGCUACCGACUGGAACAACGACCGGGAGACCUCUAAAUUGAAGUACGAAGUCCAAUCACAGAUUGUCGAUCUUGAGAGCAUGAUGCUCGAACGUAUCGAGGCUUGGAUCGCGAAGCAGGGACGCACGCACGCGCCACACAUCGUCUUUUACCGCCAUAGCAAUCAGUCCAACAACGAAAACACCGCGAUGGAGGAAACCGCUCCGAUCGGUCGUACCUGCAGGGCUUUCACCUGGGAAGAUGGUAACGCUGCCACGUUCGACUAUGUACUGGUCAACAAGAAUGCGCACGUUUUCUCGCCCUACCGCACCGCCUCCAGCGAAGAAUCAUCCAAGAAGGCUGCGUAUGAGUUCAACAUCGCCGACAGUGCCGGAGAAGUUGGACACAAGUACCAGUAUUAUGUCCGGGCUCCACCCAGCAACGUUCUCACUGGCGAUCGAUGCAAGACCCUCACGAGCCGUCUCAACUCGAACUUUCAGCAGAAGGAUGCCAAGAUUGCUAUCGCACUUCCGGUCCAUUACGCCCAGAAGCUCGCUAAGCGAAUGUACGACUACUUCCUUUUCGCUACCACGAACCAGUACGACCAGCUUUCGAGCGUGCAGCGACGAUUGAGAUUCUCCGACGAAGAGACAUCACAAAACGAUCAAAAGAUGGCGGAUAUGAUGAACGAGUAUCUGCUUGAUUACGGCGUAGUGGAAGCGCGCGUAGAAACGCAGCCAGAUCGAAAGAACCCUUGGAUGACACAGCUUGACGACAAGAUGUUCUACCUCUAG